CCGACGCACCAAACAUCUUCCUGGUUGACGUGGAGAGGAUUGUUUACAAUGUCAGAGAAUAAAGUCGAAAUGUCAACUGAAACCGCUUUAAUUCAAAACAGUGGCAAUGUGCCUUCUCAGCAGAAUAACCCACUGUCUAGGAAACUCAAUAAAAUUCUAGAGACCAGGCUAGAUAAUGACAAGGAGAUGUUGGAAGCUCUGAAGGCUCUGUCGGUGUUCUUCACAGAGAACAGUCUUCGGACCCGUCGGAACCUGCGGGGGGACAUCGAGAGACGGAGCCUGAACAUCAACGAAGAGUUUGCCAGGAUAUUUAAAGAUGUCAAAGAGGAGCUUGAGAGUGUGCACGAGGACGUCCAGGCCAUGAGCACCUGUUGUGAAGAGAUGACCAGCAGAUUGAAGGCAGCCAAGGAUCAGACCCAGGACCUCAUUGUGAAGACCAACAAGCUGCAGGGAGAGAAGACAUGUGAACCCCUUAAUCAGAGUUCCGGCGGCUUAUUUGACCAGAGUUCCAGCGGCGUAUUUGACCAGAGUUCCGGCGGCGUAUCUGACCAGAGUUCCGGCGGCGUAUCUGACCAGAGUUCCGGCGGCGUAUUUGACCAGAGUUCCGGCGGCGUAUUUGACCAGAGUUCCGGCGGCGUAUUUGACCAGAGUUCCGGCGGCGUAUCUGACCAGAGUUCCGGCGGCGUAUCUGACCAGAGUUCCGGCGGCGUAUCUGACCAGAGUUCCGGCGGCGUAUCUGACCAGAGUUCCGGCGGCGUAUCUGACCAGAGUUCCGGCGGCGUAUCUGACCAGAGUUCCGGCGGCGUAUCUGACCAGAGUUCCGGCGGCGUAUCUGACCAGAGUUCCGGCGGCGUAUCUGACCAGAGUUCCGGCGGCGUAUCUGACCAGAGUUCCGGCGGCGUAUCUGACCAGAGUUCCGGCGGCGUAUCUGACCAGAGUUCCGGCGGCGUAUUUGACCAGAGUUCCGGCGGCGUAUCUGACCAGAGUUCCGGCGGCGUAUCUGACCAGAGUUCCGGCGGCGUAUCUGACCAGAGUUCCGGCGGCGUAUCUGACCAGAGUUCCGGCGGCGUAUCUGACCAGAGUUCCGGCGGCGUAUCUGACCAGAGUUCCGGCGGCGUAUCUGACCAGAGUUCCGGCGGCGUAUCUGACCAGAGUUCCGGCAGCGUAUUUGAUCAGCCCAUGUGCUAGCACCAGCCUCGCUUUUCAGCGCCAAGUGAAGUGAGUUCGAAACAAUUGAAUGUAUGCGUCUCAAAGUGGUUUUCACGUGCAAACGUUAUAUGUCUGAACUCAGAAUAAAAUAUGCU